AUGUCUGCCGCUGCUGCCGCUCAAGCACAGAAGCCCGCCAAAACCGAGGGCAGGUUCGCUGGAAGGGACAAGGAGAAGGAUGUUCGCACAUCUAACUGCCUUGCCGCAAGGGAUCCAAACCCCGAACAAGGAGAUGUGAUCAUCACCAACGAUGGCGCCACCAUUCUCGACAAGCUCGAGCUGGCCCACCCUGCCGCAAAGAUGUUCGUGGAGCUCUCGAAGGCCCAAGAUGCUGAGGCUGGAGAUGGAACCACGUCGGUUGUGGUGAUUGCCGGCUCUCUCUUGACGGCUGCGCAGAACCUGCUCGAAAGGGGCUACCAUCCCACCCUCGUUUCUGAGGCCUUCCUCAAAAGCUCCAAGAAGGCCCAGGAGAUCAUGCGCGAGAUGGCUAUUCCUGUGGAGCUGAACGAUCGUGAAUCGCUCCUCAAAUCGGCCGUUACAUCGCUUAACUCGAAGGUCGUGUCUCAAAAUGCCAAUUUGCUGGCACCCAUCGCCGUUGAUGCCGUCCUCAAGGUCAUUGAUCCCAAGACCGCGACCAACGUCGAUCUCACAGACGUCAAGAUUGUAAAGAAGCUUGGUGGCACCAUCGAUGAUACGGAGCUUGUGGAAGGCAUCGUAUUCCCCAAGAAGGCUGUGCACGCUGCCGGUGGCCCGACCAGGGUCGAGAAUGCCAAGAUUGGCCUGAUUCAGUUCCAGCUCUCUGCUCCCAAGACCAACAUGGACAACUCGGUCUACGUGUCGGAUCACACCCAAAUCGACCGCAUCUUGAAGGAGGAGCGUAACUACAUUCUCAACAUUUGCAACAAGAUCAAGAAGACGGGGUGCAACGUGCUUCUCAUUCAGAAGUCGAUCCUCCGAGAUGCCACCAGCGACCUGUCGCUCGCUAUCCUCGCUAAGCUCAAGAUCCUUGUGGUCAAGGACGUGGAAAGGGAUGACAUCGAGUUCAUCUCGAAGACCGUCCACUGCCAGCCUAUUGCCAGCAUUGAGGGUUUCACUGCCGAGAAGCUCGGCCAGGCCAAGCUGGUGGAGGAGAUCGCCACUACCGAGGGCGGAAUCGUCAAGGUCACUGGCUGCCCUGGACCGAGCCAGACUGUAACAGUGCUCGUCCGCGGCUCCAACCAGAUGGUGAUUGAUGAGGCCGACAGGUCGCUUCAUGAUGCUCUCUGCGUCAUCAGGUCGCUCGUCAAGACAAGGUAUCUGAUUGCCGGAGGUGGUGCGCCCGAGAUUGAAGUUGCCCUGCAGCUGGCCAAGUACGCCAAGCAGGUCAGCGGAAAGGAGGCCUACUGCUACCGAGCCUUUGCCGAGGCGCUCGAGAUCAUCCCCUACACGCUGGCCGAGAACGCCGGCCUCCGUCCCAUCGCCAUCGUUACCGACCUGCGAAACAAGCACGCCCAGGGCGAGAAGGCCGCCGGCAUCAACGUGCGCAAGGGUACGAUCUCGAACAUUUUGGAGGAGAACGUGGUCCAGCCGCUCUUGGUCUCGACCAGCGCCAUCUCGCUGGCCACCGAGACCGUCUGCUCCAUCCUCAAGAUCGACGACAUCGUCGCCAUCCGCUAA